GUCCCACAAAUAGAAAGGAAAAGAAAGGAAAGGAAAGGAAACACGAGUCCCAAAUAAUGGUAGAAUUGGAACCGUACAAGCAUUGAAUGCAUUCUGCAACUUCUUUGCUUUCUGCUAACUUACUUGCCCACACGCACCAUUUGCCCGUUUACUGCUUUUGUUACUACUACUACUGCUGCUGCUGCUGCUGCUGCUGCUCUCUCUCUCUCUCUCUCAUAUAUUUUGGAGUAUUCAGGUUCUCUUCGGUUUCCACUCACAUUCCUUCUGGGGUCUUCAUCUCAUCAUUCAAAUCCUUGAGGCCUGGAAGUCCCCUUUUUGGCAAAUGAUGAAAGCAAGAAGAUCGCUGGAAUCUCUAGAAAAUGGGAUUUCUCAACAGAAUGUGAAGAAGGUAUCAUGUUCCACAGUUCUUACAUUAGCUUACCAGAGUCUUGGAGUUGUUUACGGUGAUCUCAGUACCUCCCCUCUUUAUGUAUACAAAACCACCUUCUCUGGGAAAUUGAGCCUCCACGAAGAUGAUGAGGAGAUCUUUGGAGUGCUCUCAUUUAUUUUCUGGACAUUCACUCUGAUUGCUUUAUUCAAAUAUGUCUUCAUUGUGAUAUCAGCCAAUGACAAUGGUGAAGGUGGUACCUUUGCUUUGUACUCUCUACUCUGCCGACAUGCAAGGCUUAGCAUUCUACCCAAUCAAGAAGAAACAGAUGAGGCACUAUCUUCAUAUGCUAUAGAAAGACCAGUAGAAACAUGGCAGAGUUCCAUUCUAAAGUCAUUCUUUGAGAAGCACCCAAAAUUGUGUAAGGGGCUAUUGAUUUUUGUUUUGCUGGGAACAUGUAUGGCAAUUGAUGAUGGAAUAUUCACCCCUGCAAUAUCAGUUCUUUCAGCAGUUUCAGGUGUUAAAGUUAAAUUUGCAGGACUUCAUGAGAACUAUAUUGUCAUAAUAUCAUGCAUCAUUUUAGUGGGACUUUUCUCUCUUCAGCAUCAUGGAACACACAGAGUUGCUUUUAUGUUUGCACCAGUUGUCACUGCUUGGCUUCUUUGCAUUGGUGGCAUAGGAGCUUAUAAUAUUUUCAAGUGGAAUCCAUGUAUACUUCAUGCACUUUCUCCUUCUUACAUGUUGAAGUUCCUCAGAAGUACAGGCACUGAAGGUUGGGUGGCCCUAGGCGGAGUGGUUCUCUCAAUCACAGGUGUGGAAGCAAUGUUUGCUGAUUUGGGCCACUUUUCUGCACUAUCAAUUAAGAUAGCCUUCACAUUUCUUGUGUAUCCUUGUUUGGUUCUUGCGUAUUUGGGUGAGGCCGCAUUCCUCUCUAGGCAUCAUCAAGAUAUCCAGAGAAGUUUCUACAAAGCAAUACCAGAACCAAUAUUCUGGCCGGUGUUCAUAGUGGCAACUUUUGCUGCUGUGAUAGGGAGUCAAGCUGCAAUAUCAGCUACCUUCUCUAUUAUAAGUCAGUGCUGUGCACUGAGUUGCUUUCCCAAGGUCAAAAUAGUACACACUUCAAGUAAAAUAUGCGGGCAGAUAUACAUUCCAGAGAUUAAUUGGAUGUUAAUGUGCCUCUGUUUAUCCGUGACAAUUGGAUUAAGGGACACAAACAUGAUCGGACAUGCAUAUGGGCUUGCUGUCACGACUAUCAUGUUUGUGACAACUUGCUUAAUGGCAAUGGUGAUGGUAAUUGUGUGGAAGCAGAAUAUCUUCACAACCAUUGCAUUUAUGGUGUUUUUCGGAUCAGUGGAACUUCUUUACUUCUCCGCAGCCUUGUUUAGAGUUCCUGAUGGUGGCUGGGUCCCGCUUGUGCUGUCUUCGAUCUUUAUGUCUGUUAUGUUUCUGUGGAACUAUGGAACUUUGAAGAAACACCAAUUUGAUGUUGAAAACAAGGUUUUGAUGACUAGGAUACUGUCCUUAGGGCCUAGCCUUGGCAUGGUUCGGGUCCCUGGAAUUGGACUUGUUUACACUAAUCUGGUGACAGGUGUCCCUGCUGUUUUUGGUCAUUUUAUAACCAACUUACCUGCUUUCCACCAGGUGGUAAUAUUCAUCUGCAUCAAAUCUGUUCAAGUUCCAUAUAUCGGUGAAAAAGAUAGGUUUCUCGUACGCAGGGUGGGGCCAAAAGAGUACAGCAUGUUCAAGUGCAUUGUCAGGUACGGUUACAAGGAUCUGCAGCAGGAGAACUAUGAUUUUGAAAACAGAUUGGUGUGCACAAUCAUACAAUUUGUUGAAAGAGAAGGACAAGGAGGCGAGCUGCAACCACUGGCAGGAUCACCUACUGAGUUUGGGAAACCAGACGUUGAAGCCCGGGAUCUUCCUGUACAAGCCUUGCCCUCCUCCUAUCCAGAUCACGGAGAAGAAAUGGUUCGCUCUAUACACGAUUUCAACACAAUGGAAGCAGGGAACGGGCACCUGGAGGGUUCGUCUCUAAAAGACGAGUCAAUGCAGAUACUGAGGGCUAGGGAGUCUGGCAUUGCCCAUAUCCUUGGGCAUUCUUAUGCACAGGCAAAGAAAUCAUCGUCUGUUUUCAGGAAAUUUGCCAUUGAUGUGGUCUAUGCUUUCCUAAGCAAAAACUGUAGGGAACCUGAUGUUUCUCUGGAUGUGCCUUACACUUCUUUGCUGGAAGUUGGCAUGAUUUACUAUGUCUAGCCUCUGGAGAAAGUGUGCAUAAUAAUAUAUACGGAAUUCAUCAUCCAAACAGAGCUUGCCUGCAGCAUUGCAAUGGAGGCCACAGCCAUUGAAAUGACAAAUUGAUUACAGAAUCAUCUAUACAGAUACAAUUUUAGUCUUUAGCUGAGAGCUUCAGAUUUCCUGCUACACGUGCAUGUGAUGUAAUUAGACCUUGUAAAGAUUAAACAGAGAAGGAAAAAUGCUCUGCUUUUAUGCUUAUGUCCAUGAAAAAUGCUGAGGAUAUAUUGUAUAGUUGAAGCAUCUUCUUCUUUGGUAACAUGUCUAUU